AUGUUUACAUCUAAAGAACAAAUUUUGACAGUUUCAUUACAACGUCGAAAUGGUAAUGUACCAUGGGGGAUCAGCAUUGUGGGUGGUUCAGAUCAAGACUCUCCAUUAAUUGUAUCAAAAGUAUUGGUCGGAAGUCCAUGCGAAAAAAAACUUUUGGUAGGAGAUGAAAUUAAAAAAAUAGAAGAUUACGAUGCGAGAGACGUAACACAUCGCACGGCAUUAAUUCUUUUUAAUAAAGCUCAAAAUACAAUAAAACUCGUUAUAAAAAGUCCUAAAUCGUACGAAUCGUUUCCGAUAGCAUCGAAUCCAGAAACUCCUCGAAUUGGAAAUUUUUCAUUAUCAUUUCCACAAAAAAAUGAAUACGAAUCCGUUUAUUUUGAUGCAUACAAAAAUUUUAAUGGAUCUGAUGAUAAUGAAGCUGAAAUUGUUAAAAAUCAGGUAGGAAUAUUUUUUUCUCUAAGUUUAAUUGCAACAGGAAAUUAG